AUGGGUCGACCGGAAAUCACAAGCACCUUCGGCAGGGGGCCGAUCUUGGAGUCUCUCCUUGAGCACCUUCCAAUCAUUGAUUUGCGAAACCUACAGCUAACCUGCCGACAAUUUGGGGACUUGUACAACUACGCCCUGCCAUCCAGGUGGAACAUAGAUCGCUCACUACAGCGCUUUGUGCCUGAUCCUGUAGGGUUCCGGAACGAGCUUACAGCAUGUAACGCAUUGGUCUCAGGCAGUGUGGCGCUGCGCUACUUUGAUCAUGCCGCAGCAUCUUGGGAGCCUGGCGAUAUGGACGUAUACGUGCCUCUCAAACAUGAGCCACAACUUCAUGAUCAUCUACUUCAAAUUCAAGGCUAUCAACAUGACGAUACUCGCACCGCAGCGCAAGUACAGUACCCGAUCAACAACGUCGAGGCAGUCCGCACGUAUUCAACUCUGAGCCCACGUAGCAAGCGAGUAGAGCGCAUACAAGUCAUAUCCAUCGAGAACGAAGACGACUACGAGGACGUUUCAACCAUGGCUAUCGAGUCUAUACUCGAGGGCUUCCAUUGCACCACGGUUCUGAAUUAUCUCACGGGCACUGAAGCCGUUAGCACAUAUCCGAAUUGCACUUUUGGCAAGCGACGGCGCAUGUUCCUCAAGAAACCCUGGACUCCUGACCGAGAGACUGCUACAAUGCGCGGAGUCAAGAAAUAUGUUGAGCGUGGGUGGGCACUUCACGACAUUGGUCCUCGCCAGGACCGGAAACGGUGGAACCCUCUGCGGAAGGCUCGCCACACCAAAGAUGCGUUCUGCUGGCGUAUCGACUUUGGCCCUCGUGGGUCUGGACGCAAAGCGCUGCCUUAUCGGCGUGGCAGCGGUGAAGAGCUGCCUGUAUGGUGGACCAUGCCAAGUGCCCAACAUGUCUAUGAGUCAAGGACUGUUCAGGAGCCCGGAGGCGGCGACAGAAUCGUUCACAAGACUCCAGAUAGACUUCACUAUUAUCCAAUACGCACGCAAGGUUAUCUCCGCCCAUCUCGCUACCUCACUCAGCUCGCUCUCUCGCGUCUAUCAGUGUCCAGCUGGAUCCACGAACUAGGUGGGGUCAGAAGGGAUACCAGCUACUGCGCAUGCUAUCAGCGAAUCGACCUCGCCUCAAGUGACGAGCUGGACCAUACUAAUUGCGUGGUUACUGCCGCAGAACGUCAGCUAUACGAAACCGGUAGAUGGACUUUAGACCGGGUGGAAUGGAUCCGUCGAAUCUGGGGCAUUACAAGCGUUGGGGAAUAUACGCCGAUUGGCGAGAUGAUCAAGACGGCCGAAGCUGAUGCAAUCGAGGAAGAUCGUCCGUACUGA